AUGUAUUCCCCGAUUUUAAGACUUAUGGAGCGUCGCCGCGAGCGUAAGCUCACAAUCACCUCACCGAAUGAGGACGUAAGAAAUGUGGAGCCACCUCCACAAAAGAAUCGACGAGCAUCACUCAGUGUCGCUUAUCAUCGCCUUUUAUCAUUCUCAUCAUCGCCCAUCAAGGACUUGGAACAAUUGAAAGGGUGGAGACUUAGACUAAAACAAAAAAAAGAAUAUCGAGAUGAGAAGAAGCGGGUCAACGAGGAGCUCCUUUCGGCUCUUCGGGACCCAACAGUGGUUGUAAUGGCAGACACACUCAAGAUCCGUGGAGCUCUGAAGAAGUGGAAUCGAUACUACUGUGUGCUGAAGCCAGGACUUCUGAUUGUCUAUAAGCACAAGAAAGCUGACAGGGGUGACUGGAUCGGAACUGUGCUUCUGAAUCACUGUGAACUGAUCGAGAGGCCAUCGAAGAAAGACGGUUUCUGCUUUAAAUUGUAUCACCCCAUGGACAUGAGCAUUUGGGGAAACCGUGGACCACUUGGACAAUCAUUUGGAAGUUUCACCCUGAAUCCACUCAACACAUCAUUCCUUAUCUGCAGAGCACCAAGCGAUCAGGCUGGCCGCUGUUGGAUGGACGCUCUUGAGCUUUCAUUCAAGUGCACUGGACUGCUGAAAAAAACCAUGAACGAGGUAAUUGAUUUUCUCAAUUUGGAUGUGAAAGACGAGAGUAGCGUCAUGGAUAGUCAAAGGGAUGAAUCGAGAAUGUCUCGUGACUCGGAUGGAGAUGACAUUCGUGGAACUAUCGUUUCGGAGACUGAUGCUGAGAAGCAUUUCCAGGAAAUUGAUGAUGUUCCAGAUGAGGAUCAUGAAGAUGGGAAAAUGUCGGAGACUAGCGACACUAUUAGAGAGGCUUUCACCGAGAGUGCAUGGAUUCAGAGCCCAAAGGAAGUGUUCGGACCAGACGGAUCCCUCACUGAGGAAGUCGGAGAGGAGAACAAAUCCCUUAUCUGGACUCUUCUCAAGCAGAUUCGCCCAGGAAUGGAUCUCUCAAAAGUCGUUCUCCCAACUUUCAUUUUGGAGCCAAGGUCGUUUUUGGAGAAGCUUGCUGAUUACUACUACCAUGCUGACCUGAUCGCUGAAGCGGUUGCUGAGCCAGAUCCAUUUGAAAGAAUUGUGAAGAUCACCAAAUUCUUCCUCUCCGGAUUUUACAAAAAACCAAAGGGACUCAAGAAGCCAUACAAUCCAAUUCUCGGUGAAACAUUCCGUUGCAAGUGGGAGCAUCCGGAUGGGUCAACGACUUUCUACAUUGCCGAGCAAGUAUCUCAUCAUCCUCCAGUCUCUUCGCUCUUCAUCACCAAUCGCAAAGCCGGUUUCAAUAUCAGUGGAACGAUUCUGGCCAAGAGCAAGUACUAUGGAAACUCACUCUCGGCUAUCUUGGUCGGAAAACUGAGACUGACUCUGCUGAAUCUCGGAGAAACAUACAUUGUGAACCUCCCAUACGCCAAUUGCAAGGGUAUCAUGAUCGGAACCAUGACUAUGGAACUUGGCGGAGAGGUGAACAUUGAAUGUGAGAAGACGGGCUACAAGACAACGUUGGAUUUCAAACUGAAGCCAAUGCUAGGAGGAGCUUACAAUCAAAUCGAGGGAAGUAUCAAGUAUGGAAGUGAUCGGUUGGCUAGCAUUGAAGGAGCCUGGGAUGGUGUAAUUCGUAUCAAAGGACCAGAUGGCAAGAAAGAGCUGUGGAACCCAACACCAGAUGUGAUCAAAACUCGGCUUCCUCGCUACGAGAUUAACAUGGAUGAUCAAAGCGAAUGGGAGUCGGCUAAGCUCUGGCGCCACGUCACCGAAGCGAUCUCCAACGAGGAUCAGUACAAAGCCACCGAAGAGAAGACGGCUUUAGAGAACGACCAAAGGGCACGAGCUAAAUCCGGAAUCCCACAUGAGACAAAAUUUUUCAAAAAGCUCAAUGGAGAUGAAUACUCAUACAUCCAUGCCGACUAUCGACCAUGGGACAAGAACAACGAUAUCCAGCAGGUGGAGAAUAAUUACGUCGUGAAAACGAUAUCAAGACAUUCAAAGUCAAAAGCGGGACCAAGUGAUCAAUUGGGAAGUGACAACACGUCGGAGGCCAGUGAGAGUGAUGAAGAGAUUGUGGAGCCAAAAAUCAAAAAGAAGGUUGUGGUCCCAACGACGUCUAAACCCAUCCAACCUCCAGUGCCCGACGAGAGAAUCAAGGAGAUGGAACACAAAUUCGACCUGGCCAUCCGUCGAAUGGAGGCAGCCAACGAACGACAAUCUGCUCGUACCAUCAACGCAAUCCAAUCCACACUUCUCUUCGUUUUUGUAGUCACAUCAGUCGUCCAGUCCAUUUUCAUGUUUUUCAUGUUCCGUAAAUCUUCUGCCUAA